GUGUUACGUCACCUAAUGACGUCAUCUUCGUUGAAGCCCUCUUCAAAUUUAUUUAAGUCUUUUUCCAACCUUAAAACACCAUCACCUAAUUCUCUCCUUGUUCACAGAGCAUCUGCUUUUAAUUUCUGCUUCAAUUCCGCCAUGUCUUCCGUCCAAGUGGAGAAGAGAAAACGCGAAGGCGAAGUAAAAACCAACAGCAAAUCACGGGAAGAUAACGGCGGGCACAAACGGCCGGCGGUGGCGCCGCCUCCGGAUGAAGAAGUGGAGGAGUUUUUCGCUAUAGUGAAGAGAAUUCGGGUGGCGCUCAAGUAUUUCGAGAAGCGUGACGGCGUCAGAGGUGGCGCGGCAGCGAAGCCUGUGUGGACGUUUGAGCGUGAGGACUUUGGAGGAGUUCAGACGGACCCGGAAGGCUCUCACGGGUAUGAAACAGCGGGUCUGGAUCUUAACUCCGACCCGGUUUCGGAUGGAUCUGAUUCGGUUUAAAGGCGUUGUUGAUUUCUAAUGCUAACAAGGAGUAGUAAUUGUUCGAUUGUUGUGAACUAACUCAUGUUUCAAAACCAUGAGAUUAUCUUAGAACCAGAAAGAUGCUUCUGAGUAUAUUAGGAGUAUUUGUUUUUCGGAUUAUUUCUAGCAUUUCUGAAUUAAAAUUGGAGAAUGGAUCAUAGUGAUUCAUCAAUUUAUUGGUAUUAA